AUGGAUUCAUGUUGUCCAAAGAAAUGCUCACCGUCGCCAUGUCAGAUGAACUGCAGCAUUCAACGAGUGUCUCCACCUUUGGAACUCGGAGAAGGCCCGCACUGGAAUCCGUUGACUCAGAGCUUAUAUUUCGUAGACGUACAUAAGAGAAAAAUUAACAAAUACCAUCCAGAAACUAGCUGUUAUACUACCGCUACGAUAGAUUGCUGCGACCCUUUGACUUUUAUCAUCCCAGUCCACAACCAACCUAACACUUUCUUGGUUGGCCUGGGUUGUGCAAUAGGUGUAAUAAGAUGGGACGGAUGUUCGAAUAGAGCCGAGUACCGGUACUUGAAGACGAUUGACAUAACUCCAGGCAACCGUCUAAACGAUGCAAAAGCUGACGCCUCCGGUCGUCUUUGGGUAGGGUCUAUGGGACCAGAGAUGCCCGACAACCCAGGUCAAUUCUAUAAGUGUCGGGGUUCACUGUUCACGGUGGAAUUUGACGGCACUGUCACUAAAAAGUUGUCAAAUAUUAGUAUCUCUAACGGUAUGGCAUGGAGUCCGGACAACAAACUGUUCUACUACAUUGAUACCUACAAGUACGCGGUCGAGGCUUAUGAUUUUGAUCUAAGAACGGGAAAUAUCUGCAACGGAAGAGUGAUUUUUGAUUUUAAGUGCAAAAAUGUAACUGGUGAUCCGGAUGGCAUGACUAUCGAUACAAACGGUAACCUAUGGGUAGCCUGUUACAACAGUGAUCACAUUAUAAAAAUUAAUCCCAACACAAGCACACUGAUGACGACCAUCGAAUUUCCUGCCUAUCAAAUCACAUCCGUUGCGUUUGGUGGCCCAAAUCUAGAUCAACUGUAUGUGACCACAGCAAGUUACAAUACAACUGAUGUGCAAAAAUCAAAAUUACCGUAUUCCGGAACUCUGUUUCGAGUAAUCGAUACAUGCUCAACCGGGUUUGACGGUGUACCAGUCAAAAUUAAUUUGUGCUCUUUAAAUUAA